CUCAUAAGUUGGCGGCUGGGGAUCAGAGGGUAAAAUAACUGCUGGUGGCUCAGACCCCGUUAUCAAAGCCGCAAAGUCUUGAUAGAACCAAAGACAUAAGGGGUACAUCGUUUUACCCUAAUUUUGCCUUGAACCAGUUAUACUAGAGAUGCUCAGGAUUAUAAAGUGGUGCCCCUGGCCGAUCAGAAUCCAUCUUUUGUGGGUGCUUACGUACGUAGGUGUAUUCUGCCCUCUAAUCCCUGGCUGCCGACUUUGUGCUAAUUAAGGAGACAGAAUAUCAGAAUAUGCAAGCAUCCGGCAAAACAUACAAAAACCAAACUCCGCACACCAGUGUCUCACUUUACUUUUCAUAGGGGUGAAUGACAUCACCGCAAAGAUCGACAUGAGCAUGCGAUCAGCCCUUUCAGCCGGCUGCCGCGAGGUUAUGAAACUGUGCGCCUCCAACUCCGACCAUGCAGGGACUUGCAUCUGGGCUGCGGGGAAGGGUAUCGGCUCGAUCCUAUUAACCCGACCUAUUGCUUCGGCAAGUGUACGAUCACUCACCCAAAGUCGGGGUUCGGAUAUACAUUUGGGUAAGUGACAUGGGUAGUAAGCAGUUAGGUAAGUGGUCGACGAUACCAAAAAGUGAACUACCCGAAGAUGGACCACCACGUUUAUCUCACCUCACCCCCGCGUCUCGUCUCGUUGCACAGAAAUUCCCCUCUCUAGAGACCUUAAGUAGAAGCAAGUUAUUUGUCGAGAAUCAUGUCGCGUCCGUUUGAAAAGGUUAUUAUUGUGGGAGCUGGCCCCUCGGGUUUGCUCCUCGCGCUGCUCCUAUCCAAACAUGGGAUCUCCGUGGAGGUCCUUGAAGCAUCCCACGAGUUGGAUAAGCAGCCGCGUGCGGCGAUCUACGGGUCCCCCGCCAUCCCGGAUCUGCGCCGGGCGGGCGUCAUCGACGAGAUCCGCCGGCGGGGUAUGAGUCCGACGUCGAUGUCCUGGCGAAGAUUCGAGGACCAUAGCUGGAUUACUGGGAUGGACGCCCAGGUCCUGAAGAAUAUGAACGGCGAAGACAUGCGCAUGGCUUGUUUAGCCCUGGAUCAGUUAGACGAGUUGAUGCUCGAGGAGUUUCUGACCAAGUACAAUGGUAAGAUUAAUUGGAAACACAAGGUCGUCGGUACGGGUCAAGAUGAGAAACAGGCCUGGGUCGAUGUAGAAACGCCAGAAGGUAAAAAGAAAAUCUAUGGCGACUACGUCGUUGGGUGUGACGGUGCGGGAAGCGCCGUUAGGAAAUCCCUCUUUGGCGACGAGUACCCCGGCUUUACUUGGGAGAGGCAGAUCGUAGCAACAAAUAUAUACUACGAUUUCACCAAGUUCGGGUUCAAAGACUCGAAUUUCAUCUUACAUCCUGAACAUUUUUAUAUGGCAGCCAGGCUCACGAAAGACGGGAUGUACAGAGUGACGUACGGCGAAUCGCCCGGCCUAACCUGGGAGCAGAUGCAAGAGCGGCAACCCUGGAAAUUCGAGCUGAUGCUUCCCGGCCACCCCAAACCAGGCGAGUACAAGAUGAUCAACAUGUCGCCGUAUAAGAUGCACCAGCGCUGCGCGCCCAAGUUCCGCGUAGGUCGGAUCCUGCUAGCGGCCGACGCGGCGCACCUAUGCAACCCGUGGGGCGGGAUGGGCAUCACGGGUGGAUUCGUCGAUGUUGGCGGCCUGUACGACUGCCUCUCGGGGAUCUGGGAUGGGAAGGCGGACGAGUCGAUCCUAGAUUUGUACAGCGAGAAGCGGAUCGAGAAGUGGAAGACGGUCAUCGAUCCCAUCUCUCAGAGCAAUUUCCGCCGCGUGUCGGACAGCGACCCGGAUACCCUGUUGGAGCGCGACCCUGUCAUGCAGGCGUGUAAAGAUGCCGAGAACGAUUUCGAGAAGCAGAAGGGAAUGUACCUGAAUUUCUUUGACAUGAAGUACGAUUUUACUCAGCAUUAUAAGACGGCGUGA